GACACAGGAACGGGAUGACCCUCGACCUGCAGACCUGGCCCUGUGCCCUAGUUCUUCUGCUCUUGGGAGCUGCUCUGUGCACCCGUGCUGUCCCCAGGAUCUGCUCGAGGACAUCCACAGUCAGGCUGGAGACAUGGGGGACCAGCCCUGCCCACUGGGCUGCAGGGAUCCAAAAAGCCACCUCCGCAAGGUGCUGAAGGAGCUGUCGCUGCUCCGGCUGCUGAAGCGCACGAACCGCAGGAUCCUGCGGCUGCACGCCGUGGCCGUGCAGUGCUGGCACUCGCUCGCGGCGCAGAGGCUGCCCGGCCUCCUGCCGGUCCCUCCCAGGAUGUGCCACCUCACCCCAAAGCCACAGGAGGUCACGGAGGCGGCCGUCGGCAGCCCAGCCACCAGCACCACCAGCAGCAAGGAUGUGCCCAUGGACCCCGAGACCAGGACCCCGCUGGGGGACCCGCAGCCUCUCACCAAGAACUUGGGUGCUGGCGAGGCCAAGGAGGACGUGCUGGGGACCCUGCCCCAGCGCUUCCACUUGCCAGCCCCCAAAGUGCUCUGCCGGCCGUCGGCCCAGCGCUGGGUCAAACCCUGCUGCACCCGCUCCUGCAGCGAGAGCCUGGAGCACGCGCUCACCAUCCACUACCCGCAGUGAGGGCGAGGCGCCGCUGCCAUCGGUACGAACCCCAGCGUGCAGCAUGCCCUGCUGGCUGAGCGGGGGUCUUUCUGCCUCAGAGACCCCCAUCAACGCCCAGCUCGUUAGCAAGGCGGCCGUGUUGCUGGCUUUCCUUCCAGAGCUGCCGGAGGUUCGGGGCUGGGAGGAGCAGGAGGUGAGCUUCCAAGAGGAGAUCUGUGGGGCGAUGUACCGAGCCACUGUGCUGUGAAUAAAGGGAGUGAGCUGUGCCUUCCUGACCCAGACUUUCUGCCUGAGAGUUGUGUUUGGUUUGGCGUCCCGCUGUGUUUGCAGGUUGGUGGGUUCCACUUGCUUUGGAUUCCAGGGGAUGGAGACGUCGGGGGUGAUGCCUGUGUACAGAGGGGCUGGGAAUCUUUCCUCCCCGCACCCCAUCACCAGGCACCAGGAAAAGCUAUCCCCCUGCUGGGCUCGGGGACCAGCAGUCCCCAGGAUGCCCGGCCAGGGUCAGGAGCCUUACAGUCAGAGUUAGCAGCUGCAGGGCUCCGCUCCCCUGGGUUUCCUUCUGGGGAGCAUGGCAGCAUUUUCCCACCAGCCUUGCAGGUAAAACCCCAGCGACCCCCAUCUCUCCAGCCUGGAAAAGGAGAGAAAACUGCCACCCAUCUCCUGCGCGAGGAGGCGGUGGGCUGAUCCACCAGCAGGAUUAAUGGGCCGCUGGAGUGGCAGAGCUGUCACCA